UCAUCACUGACUGAUCAAUGAGUGAGUGAGUGAGUUGAAGUCGACAAAUAAGUCGUGUCCGAAUGACACACCCACACACACACCCACACCUGAGGGUAUACAUUGCAAGCCAACGUCCUGUGCGCAUGACCUCUCCAGAAGAGACAAACAAGAGACAUGCCUGCCUGGCAAAAAUUGAAUUAAUGCUGCUGGGGGCCGCAAAACAAGCCACACACCGCCCAGCCACACAUUCGGGGGGACGCAGGCAGCAAGGAGACAGACACAAGGUAUGAUGGAUGAAGAAGGCAAAGAGAGAAAGAAAGAGAGAGAGAGGGAGGAGGGAGGGAGAGAGAGACUGGACCGACCGCCAUUGCUAAUGCUCGUUGCUCGGGGCCAAUUGGCCCUCACGUCAAUAAAGACACAACCCCACGGCGCCCCCAAGCUCUUGCCUCUUGCUUGCCAUGUGUGCGCCCUCCCUCCGUGGGCUGGCCAAAGGCAUCUAUCUCUGUCUGCCCGUCGAUUUGGGUACCCAACGAGAGAGGCAAUCCCGCAGGCAGACAGGAAGACGCCCGAAUUAUUGCCCUCAUCAGUCAGGCAGCCAGGCAAGGAGGGAGGGACGGGGCAGGAAGGGAGCAAGGCCUAGUAAGCUAAGCUACCCAUCGAUCGACCCGACCACCGGUCAACAAACACACACACGCCAAGCGACAAAGACACACACAAGGCAGGCAGGCAGGCAGGCAGAUAAAUAAACGAGCUUUCACAGCUCGAUCCAACACGCGAAAAAACACCCAUUCAUCUAUCCCUCCCUCCUCCCCGCCCAUCGUCUGUCUAUCUGGGUGGCGCCGUCAUCUCCACCCCUGUGUGGGAGUGGGAGGGGGGAGGGGGCGCAAUCCCACCAUCGCCAAAGUCGCAAUCCAAUUCUAAUCUUUCCUCGUCGCUCAGCAGCUGCUGGUAGCCGUAUACGCGCGACGGCGUCGGCGCCACGUAGCUGCCGGCCCGCCCCGUCCUCAACUCGUACUGCAGCCUGUUUCUCUCUGCCCGCUUCCUCCGCUGAAACAUGACCGCAACAGCCACCAGCAGACCCACCACUAUCAGCACCGUCGACAGGAUGACCGCCGUGGACAGACUGUGGUGGUGGGUGGCGCGGUGGUGGUCACUGCUGCUGCUGCUGGGGCCUGUGUGUGGGACGUCCGGCAUGUGCAGGGAGGGGGCUCUCUUGAGGGAUGGCCCCAGGCUGCUCUGAGAAGACGGAGAGACGGGGGGCGGGAUGUCCUCGGCCGGCGCAAGAGGCUCCUCAGGAGCCACCACUGGCUUGGCCACAGCAGCACUUGCAUCAUCUUGGCCAAACUCGACAGGCUCGUAGGCGUAUGAGAGCCGCCGUCUGGGGUACUUGGCGACGACGUUGACUCGCCAUCUGCCGGUGGGGUCGAUGUCAGAACCUCCGUCUGACAUCCAGUCUGUCGGCAGGGGGUGGUAGGUGACGCCAUGGGGCACGGGGUUCCACUUGACUGUCCUGCCGCUGUGCUGCGUGGUGUGGGCCUCCUCGUACAGGCCGCACGCCGUCGUCCCGUCGGACCGCAUCUCACCGAUCUUGCCCCAAAACAGCUACAAAGACAGACAAGGAAGACGUUGGUUGGUGGGUUCCUGUGUUGUGUCUGGGUGUUUGCCGGUCUCUCCCACCUCGUAGAUGACGUCCUCGGGCUCGGCUUCCCUCCCGUCUCUUGCGACGAUGUCAUCGCUACAGCCUGACGUACUUGACGGCUCCAGCUUGGCCACACGAAGCUUCUCCCACUCAACUGCAGACAUCAGCAUCACACCACACCACACCACACCACACCACACACCCACAGAGAGCGUCAGACGGCGUCGUCCCUCCUUGUCUAUCGCUCGCUGACCCGCCACCCGGCCAUUUACCUUUGACUUCGGUGGAUGAAGGCUCCCUGGUGACUCGAACCUUUGGCGACGAUGCGCCGAGGCAGUGGACGUCCGUGAUGUCCUCCACGAGCAGGAUGAAGCUGCCGUGGUCCGCUGCCGGCGACUGGCUGGGGUGGUCUCGCCAACUCACACCCAGGUACUUGGCCUGGUCGACAGGGAUGACCGCUGAUGUGGUGUUGCGGUCCAGGGUGACGGCAUGUGACGCCUGGUCCCCCUCCAGCACCUGCGCCAUGGUCGACCCGCCCCGCAGCUCAGCGUCGCCCAGACACACCUCGAACCGCACCAUCAUCUUCUCGGGCAUCGCUGCUGUGGAUGCAGCCCCUCGCCUCUGCGUCGAGGCGGGGGGCAGCACCCGGUAUGUCCACCUGGCCCCUCUGUCCACCUUGCCCAUGCUCGGCUCGUGAAAGGGCAGAGGCGUUCCCUGCCUCUGUGAGUGCGCCCUCAAGGCGACAGUGAUGUCCUUGUUGCGCUCGGACGACACGGUUCCCACAUACUGGCAGGUGGGAGAGGGUGUGGAAGAAACCGGCCCGUCAAUGAUGGACACGAGCUGGUUUGCGCUGUUGACCCACCCCUUGAAGUCGUGGCUUGUCGAGUUGGGCACCCGGUCGAAUGGCCGGCCGGAAAGCUUCUCGUCCGUGCGGCAUCCGGUGAUGAAUAGCUUGAUGUCGAUAUUGCCAGGCGAGUCGGCGUCAUACGGCACGUCUGCCGUGAAGGUCACCUGGCCCGAUCCGAUGCCGGGCGAUCUGCGUGCGGUAAAGAUGAAGUGGAAGGGCUCACGAGCCUUGAGAGGGAACUCCACGGCCUGGCCGCCGUCAGGUACGCGGAAGAGGCCACCGCUGCUGCCAACCUCCACCGAGUAGAGCUCGUCAAUGUCCAUCAAGGACUCAUCCCCCGCCUGUGUGCAGUGUUAGUGUUAGGGAUGAGUGAUGGGUUUCUCACGCAGUCACACUGCACUGACCUGCUCGUCAACAUCGAUGUAGAAGUAGAGCGCGCCUCGUGGCUUGGCCUGCCGGGCGGACCAACUACAUGACAUGAGAAAGGCAGCAGAGCAGCCGUGGUAGGGUAAGGUAGGGUAGGUGGGCGGAAUGAGUGCCUUCCUUUUCUCUGGAUCUCUGUGUGUGUGCUUACGGGACGACUAGUGCCAGGAUGGUCUCGUCACUGAAUGGUGCGAAGGGCUGCAGCAUGGUCCCCUUGCAAGGGUCCCCGUGGUCCUCACCGCAGCCCGUCAGAUAGCUGCCGUCAGCCGCACUCACGUUGCUGCUCAAACCUGCACCCCACCACCACACACACCCACACACACAGGGAGAGAGAGAGAGAGAGCAAGGACAUGUGCGUGGGCAUCUCUCUCUCUCUCUCUCUCUCUCUCUCCGUCCAGGCCAGCAACAUACAUACCGGCGUAGACGUUUUUGACUCUGGCAAGGUUGCUGGUGGACAUCAUCAUGAGAUCCACAUCGGCGAGUGGGUUGUCGACAAAGACCAUGAUCCGUCUGCUGGUGGCCAGCAUGGCCGCGUCCAUCUCCACCUCCCUGUCCAGGUCCAGCACUAUCGGCAUCUUCUCACGACGACCACCACCCCCGCCCUCGGUCGCGUCAUGCGGCACCUCCAACGCCAGGAUGGAGAAAUCAGCUGCCAUGGGGCUGACCUCAGCACUGAACACGCCGAUGACGAUCUGGCAGUCUUGUGAGGUGCUGCUGCUGCUUGUGGUUGUGCUUGUGCCGGGGGAUGGGGCCAUCUCCUGCAGCAUCCGCCGAGUGAUCCGCCGCAUUGGGAGGGUCCUUGUGCGGAAAGGGGUGGCGCUAAGGGGGCGGGCUAGACGUCGUCGCGUUCUUCUUUUUCUGGUUGGUGGCGGUUUGCCGCUGCAUGUGUCUGAGACGUUCCAUCGGAUCUCGUAGUUGCCCCUGUCUGUCUGAGUGGCGGGGAUGUUGUGGGACUGGUCGUCUGUAGGGGUGGGCAGGGCCACCUUGCCCUGGCCUGCAUUGGCCACGACAUUAUUGACAUCACCUGUUUGUAAAUGACAUACCCCACACACACAGACAGAAGGAAUCAAUCGUACCAAAGCGCACGUGGCAACGGGUGUGGUGCCGCCCGAACCGCCUGGGUGUCUGUCUUGCUCACUAACUAACCGUUGAAUAUGGAGACAACGAUGAAGACCUCCGUGUUGUCGGGGCCGUCCUGCAGGUCACCGUCAUAGCUGUAGGCGUAGUACUGAGGCGCAUCGAACGACAACACCUGGACACCUCCACACGCACACGACACCCACCUAAAUGUUCGCCUAUUCAUGUCUUCGUGUGGUCCCCUUGUGUGUGUGUUAGUGGCUGAUUGAUUUGAUUACCUCUCCCUCGACAGUGUUUCCCUCAGUCAGUGUCUCCACCGUGGCAUUGUCGCCCCGGCUGGCCGUCACACGGAGGCUGAACGAACAGGCGUCGCCAUCGCCCAACGAAUCGUCAUACACCUAAGCACAAGACAGACAGACAGACAGACAAGGGCAGACAAGACAAGGGCGGACAUCAAUCACUCCACUCAGAGCAAUUCCUUUCCCCCCACCCCCAACCCCCCCUCACCUCUAGCACAAACAUGCCCGGCUUGACGCGCUGGUCCGCCUGUGUGAUGAGCUGCACGUCUUGGCUGUCGGGAUAGCCCACUGUCUGGGCGCCUUCAUCUGUAUCCCCAGCAUUAGCACCUCCCGUGGUGUCCUUGGUGUCCUUGGCCUUGGUGCCGGGGAAGUGUAUUCUGACUGAGGGGCUGCACUCCUCGGCCGACAGCUUGACCGACACUCCUGGGACCACCUUCUUGCCAUACAGGUAAAAGCGAUACCUGAGAGGAAGGAAGCGCCACACCGCAUCGCAUGCACAAUUCUUUCGAUGCAUCCAUUGUCCUCCCUCCUCACUUUUCAUGGGUCUGCCCCAUGAGCAUGCCUCGCUGCGGCAGCCCUUCCUGCACCAAGAUGCCCAGAUCCAUCAGCUCGGGGCCACCCGCCCCACAACAAGCACCACCAGCAGCACCGGGCUGCCCCGAGCCACCGGCGUCCACGCCAGCAGCGGUGAAGACGACGGAGAACUCCGACUGCUCGAAGCCAUACACUUGGAUUAGCAGCAUGCAGUCUGGCGUGUUGGCGCCCUUGCCGCACUGGGCCCUCUCACGGUCGGCCUGCAGACAAUAAAUACGGUGGAUGAACCAACCAACAGCAUACAUACUCAUGUGUGUGUUGCGAGUGAUUGAGAGAGGGGGCGGGCAGUUGUCUGUCACUGACCUUGAGCUGUUCCGUCGAGAGAGUGACGGCCUCGUCCCCGAGGGCGUGGAGUGACUUGUGCACGGUGGCCUGGUCGGUGUCCUUGAGAGAGCCAAGGCCGCCGGUGCCGUCUUUCAGCACGCUCGAUGACACCACCAUGACAUACAAGUCGGGGUCGCCCGUCUUGGGGGUCACUGCACACGAAGGGAGACACACGGAUCCACCGAUAGAUGAGGGUGGGGAUAUGUGUAUGUGUUGUGUUGUGUGCGUGUGUGGUCACCUUUGACGUUGAUUUCGUCCUCGAACGCCUCCUUGCUGAGUGUGGCCGUGAACAAGGCGCUGCCCGACUGGAGCGUCUUGCCCUCCUGAGGCUCGAAGGGCUCCAGCUCUGUCGGCUUGCCGUCCUGACCCACACACACCCACACACACGUAGACACACACACAUGCCAUCCCUUCCUUCGCCCCUCCCUACGUGUGGGUGGGUGGCACCCCCCACUUACGGCAAGGUUGGCUUCAAUGGUGAAUGCGGUGUCCCUAUACCCCAGGACGGCGAUGUAGUAGACGCACUCGCCCUUCUUGUCGAUGACGUCCUUGUUGCAGUACUUGCGGUGUGCGGGGUCGUCCGCCGGGAUGAACACCACGUCACUCCCGAACUGGUCGCUCGAAAACACCUCGGGAUCGCCCGUGCGCAGCUUCGGCUCGAAGCCAACGUACAGGUCGGCAUCGCCCGCUAUGACUGAUACAUACACGGGAACACACACACACACACGAGUGGAUGGCGGCGGUUGUUCGUAUGUGUGCGCGGUGCUGUGGGGUUGGGGGAAGGGCUACUUACUUGUGAGGCUGACGGUGAGGUGGUGGUCGAUGUCGGCCGAUGCGAGGCGGAAGAAGAGGACUUCCUCCUCCUCGAUCGUGCCGAACAGAGGCACACCCUCGGCCAACAGCAUGACAUCACUAUCGCUGCUGCCCAUCAGAUUGAACGCUAUCUGAUAAGAACCACACACACACACGCACACAGACGGUUGAAUGAGCAAUCACUGUGGUCUCGUCCUCCCCCUCUCUCACUCACCCUCUCUGCCGUGGCGUUUGUGUUUCCCUCCGUCUGCACGGGCUUCAAUGGCGUAACUGAAAUCAUGUAGCUCCCCCUCAUGACAGCCCUCGGGUCAUCCCCCUCCACCACCAGCAGCGGCGCCAGCCCCAGCUCCUCUUCCUCCUCCCUGCUGGGCCACGUGUGGUUCUUCCGAGUCGGCACCGACAGAUGCAUCGCCUCCAGCUUGUCGCUGUCCUUCAACACGUCCUCUGGGAUGGCAUUGGCCCAUAUGGCCAGCUGCUUGCCGCCCAGAGCUGUGAGAACGAACUGCAGGGGCCGCAUCAGACGCUUGGACUCGAAGUGCACCGGAAAGAGGAACACGGCCCGGUAGUCGGGGCUAUCGGGGUCGGUGGACACCUCCCCCCGAACCGUCACCCCGUCCGCCAGCUUGACGGCGCCGUCAAGUGCGUCGAGGAACGAGGCAGCGUCCUUCUGCUGGCCUUUCUUGAGGGUAGCGGAGAUGUCGUAAUCACUGGGGCCGGAUGGGGAGAGCACCUGGAUGUACCAGAGGCCGGUGACAUUGGCGGCAUCGUGGGCUGGGUCGAUGGGCGUGUGGAAGACCAUUGUGGGGUAGACACGAGAGUCGAAUGGGAGCGGAGUCUCUCGCUGGUCCCACUCUCCGACCUUCUUAUCGGCCUCUGCAACUACUGCCGUGCCACUGGGUGUGGUCCGUGUGACGGUGAACUGAGGCUCGCCGCUGACAGGGGAGAGCGCCACCUCGAGGCUGGCGUUGCCGGUCAUUCCCUCGAGCAUCUCACUCACAAUGGGGUAGACGAACAGAGCACUCCCAUUGCUGUCGAGGUGGCCGCUGAAGGGCACGCCGCUCUGCAGACUCACCGCCCCAUCAACACCACCACCACCAGCAGCAUUAGAGCUAGAGGAGUUGUUCUUGUUGACGUGUUGCUGUUGUGUGAUGGUGAGUUGGAAGUCUGAGGUGACGUUGGAGGUGAGGAGGAUGGCGUAGUACGAGUGUGGCUCGGGCCGCAGCGGGGUGGCGGCCAUGUAGGAGCGUGGCUCGGGGCCCUGCUGGCUGGCGUCCAGCUGGAAGUUGCGGACAUCGCACGAUGCACCGCCGUCGAAGAAUUUCUGCCAAGGGAGGGCAUCAAUCACAGACACGUGUGGGUGGGUAUGUGGGCAGCUGAGAUGCGAGUGCCUGUGCGUACGUAGCAUGUUUGUGAGUCGAACGGCUGGGUGUCGGAUCCGCAUCGUAUCGCACACAGACUGGUGUGGUUGCCGCCCUGCCGAAGAGGGAGCCAGCCACACAGCACCACACACAUGGCACACAUUGUGUGGGGGCCGUUUUGGUGUUGUGCUGUGCACUGCAGCGGACCUCAUCAUCGAGCUGCAUGACGAGUGGCUGUGGGUCGUCGCUCGGCACUCGAGUGAAGAAGACCAUCGACUGAGACUCGUCCACCGAACCCACCUGCACCCACACACACCAGAUAUAACAGAGGGGUGGAAUGAAUCGCCAUUAAUGUGAAGCAUCCGCCUGGCCUGUCUGUCCACGAGUGUCUGUCUGUCUGUCUUGUCUGUCUGUGUGACCUGUUGUAGGUUGGGCAUGAGUCCCACAAACGGUGGGAUGCCUGGCGUGUUCUCCACAACGAGAAGCGAGAAGGCGGCAAAGGUGUGGGCCGUCACGCCAAUGUGAUACCUGAACACGAACAAGACAGACAGCAGGGGGCGAGUGUCUGCAUGCUGUGUCUGCAGCGUCGUUCGUUUGGUCGUCGCAGACCAUCCUGUGGGCUUUGCCCUCCUGAGUAGGCCUUCCUUUGGAAUGGUGACGCGGUGUGGACCCACGCUGUGAGACUCCCAGUGCUGAGUCGAAUCCUACACACACAUACACACACAUGACGUGAGAUGCCCCCAUACGAGAGCAUACACCAGCCUGCUUCUCUCUCUCACUUUGCCUGGUAUCGGGAGUGCCGUGCCGACAUCAGGGGCGACGGCGAUGUCCGUCUGGCCAGUGAAGGGCGUCAGGAACACUCGAGCGGCUGCCAUGGCCACAGAGACAUAAAGCGAUUGAUCCGGCGGACGUGGAUGGAAGGAGUGAAUCUGCCUACGUGCAUCAGGGUUGGUGAGCGUGACGCGGAAGAACGCCGUCUGGCCGCGGGGCACCGCAGCAAAGUGGGGCUUGUUGACCUCGAUGGGCGUCUGAAUGAGAACCAGGACACGACACACGCCAAGUGGUAUGCGGCUGACGGAUGAACAGUCCCUCUGUCUUUGUGUGUGUGUGUGUGCAGGUGUGAUGGUACGAGUGCGUCAGGUACGGUGACGUCGACAACUACAUUGGCAGGCCUGUGGCCGGUCUUCUUCAUCACUGUCACGUAAUAACGGCCCUUCUCUGUCGGACAUACAUCACGUCCACACAACAGAUAGAUAGAUACACGACAACACACACACAUGGAAGCAGAGCAGCAUGAUCGACGGGCGGCCAUGCAUAUCGUUGUGUGUGAGCCGACCUCUCUUGGUGGAUGCCACCUGGCCGUUGAGCCAUCCUACUUCAGUCGACAAAGCGUUGCUACUACUGCAGUGCACACACGUGUACACAGGCAGACAGACAGCUAUGAGGUGAGAUCGUCUCAUUGUUGCUGUGUGUGGGUCGUGCCUGUCGGAUGCGUUGCUGGCGAGUGUGGGGCUGUCUUUGUAGACGGCCAUACUCACAGCAUCUUCCUCACCACCAGACGGAUACACACUCUGAAUCAACACACACAUGAUUGAAUGUCGGUGAUAGUAUCACCGUGUGUGUGUUGGUUUGGCGUACGAAAGAGAGUCUCGCAUCAUUCUUGGAUGCCCCGGCAGCGGCACAUGCAUCGUCGCAUACGAAGACCAGCUGCAGGGGGCUGCCGCCCUCGAUAAUGGCCUCCGUCGAGUCACACGUCAGCUCCCCAGCCGACGAUGAUGAGCUCUCACUGUCACUGCUGUUAGUGUUGACGCUGCCAUUGACGCACUGCACAGGUGAGAAGAAGGAAAUCGAUGGAUCUAUCGAUCGAUGCAUGAGGGGUUUGGUUGCUGUGCCGUUGUCCUCUUCAGUGAGUGCAGUGCAUACGUGUAUCUCGGUGUAGUUGUCUUUGGAGUAUGAGUAUGUGUGCACACUCGCUGCACAUGACGCGGACGCGGCACACUUGCUGCCAACCAACAGAACACCACAGAAAAGCAUACAUGUUAGAAAGAAACACGAGGGCUUUCUGCUGUGCUUGUGCUCACAGUUCCACGAAGAGUGCGGUGAUGCUGUUGGCCUGCACAUCGGCUCGGUCAACCGACAGCAGGUCCAGGCCCUCGUCAUACGCCUGACUCACACACCACAAGCGAAGCGAUAAGAUACAUACACCCAAACGACACGCGUCAGGCACGGCAAUCACACUCAGCAGAGCAGGCCGCCUUACGUCUGAGAGCUCGGUGCAGUUGGCCGCCCCCUCCUUCAGAUAGAAUACCUGCAUUGACGGAUCCUGCACGAACACAUACGCACACACAGACAGUGCAGAGGCGAUGAGAGCCCGGGGCCAUUAUGUUGAUCUGUUCAUCCCACUGACAUCGUCCGUCGAGUUGGGGAUCAACGACACCACCACAGACAGAUCACCACCAGCACUAGCAUCACCAGCAUCAGUCCCGUUGAGGUCAAUCCUCAGUGUGGUUGCCGCACUGCUGUUCAGCUGCAGCACUUCACUGCUCUCGCCCAAAGCAACCACGCGCCCAUCGUCCCUGCAGCCUCCUUCGCCGCCAGCUGCAACACUCAAAUUGGCAGCCAGGGUCAGGGCGGCGAAAAGCACGCCCACGUAGCUUCUCGGCAUCAAGCUGAAGGCGAUGAAGGCGUCACUUAUGCAUAGGCGUCACUGCACGCCUUCUCC